UCUUUGCAACACAGAGAAUAAAGCUCUCAGAUAUAUAGUAUAUAUCAAGAUAAGAGACAAAGACCACCAACAAAAUGGCGUGUGGGAAUCUCGGAAGCAUUUUCCUGACGGAAACAUGGAGACCUCUUCCCCGGAAAUCAACUUGGGCAUUUUUUCAUACUCAGAAAUGCACCAAAACCAAUUUAAUAAGAUGUGGCUGUAAUUUCAUCAAUUCCCAAAAUUAUAAAAGAAGUCAGUAUCUGAAGUGCUCUAACAAUAAAAGCCCAUUGGCAUCUGAGGGUGACUCUGAACAAGGUCCUCCUCAAGAAGCUGUCCUUAAGGCCAUCUCAGAAGUGUCCAAGAGUGAAGGGAGGGUUGGACAAACAACGAAUGUCAUAAUUGGAGGCACAGUGCAGGAUGAUGCUACUAAUGAGUGGCUUGCUCUCGAUAAAAAGGUGAAUUCUUACCCUACUGAAAGAGGAUUUACAGCUAUUGGUACUGGAGGUGAUGAUUUUGUGCAGGCUAUGGUUGUUGCUGUUGAAUCAGUGAUACAACAGCCCAUCUCUGAG